CAGGAGUGUGACCGCAGAAAUGCUGGCCUCCUGGCCUGGCCUGUCCUUCGCCGCUCCUCUGGAACCUGCACACUGCACACCUCCCAACUCGUCAGUCCUCACAGUCAUCACGCUCCCGCAGUCCCGCUGGCCGCUACCACGCCUCCAACGAUCAAAAGCUCCUGCUUUGAUUCCUCCUCCGGUCCUCACCCACCGCACCAUCCUCACCUCUUUUCCCUGUUAAUUUAUUCUCCGUGUCCCCUCCUCUCCAGGAUCUCACUGAACUGUGAGCUCUCGGUCAAUCGCUCGCAUUUCUUUACUAAUCGCCACUUCUCGGAGAGAUUGGUUUUAAAUGGCGCUUAUUAUAAAGUGUUUUGAAUUAAACCUCCAAGAAACAGAGGGAAGCUAGAGAGCCUCCAGAGGCCAUAGCCAAGAAGAACACAAGCUCCAAUACCUCGGAUUCUCUGCGUGCUGCCGCGGGAGAGGGGAGAGAGCUUCCCGUUUCCCAUCAUCUAUCACCUCGCACUCGCAGGACUGUUGCAGCAGUCAGUCUCCACUCCCCCAGAUCGUGCUCACUUCUAUUGUCGGGGGCGGCGGCCGCCGCCGCCGCGGUUCGUGCUGCUCCGCGGCGGCUUUCUUGGUCCUAUCUCCGUCUGUAGCGGGUUCCUCCGUGCGCGUGUCAGGAAAGGAAGGAAGAAACGGCUCUUCAUUGAGGACAAAAUCAGCCUUGCGGGCUUUCCUGCUCGUGACUUUCUACCAACUGAGGUUCCUCUAGAAAGGGGUGGCAUUUUAGCCGACAAGCGGCGGAUGAAGUUUUUCCUGAAGCCUUGUUCACAUGGUGCCUGAAGGAACUUCUAGCUUUGCUUGAGAGCUUCCGGAGUAUACCUUCUUCACAGCUAAUCAGAUCCUUGGUUGCAACAAUAUGUCGCCCAAGCGACCACAGGGUGUGGUUAUGCUGUUAAUGCUCAUGGCUUUUGAUGUUUCAGGUGCAUUUGUUGGUAUCACUAUUGGCAACGAAAUGUCAAAUCCACCAUCAGCAACAGACAUAGUGGCUAUCCUUAAAGAAAAGAAGAUUCAACAUGUUCGUCUGAUUGAUUCAAACCAUCAGAUGUUGACUGCCCUUGCAAAUACUGGAAUAGAAGUGAUGGUUGGGGUUCCCAAUGAUCAGCUACUACGUGUGGGGCAGUCUCGUUCCACAGCUGCUGAUUGGAUUAACAAGAACGUCGCUGCUUAUGUUCCAGCAACUAACAUCACAUAUAUCGCAGUGGGUGAUGAGGUUCUUACUAACAUUCCAAAUGCAGCCCUUGUUCUUGUACCUGCAUUGCGAUUCCUCCAAUCAGCACUGUUGGCUGCAAACCUCAAUACUCAGGUGAAAAUCUCGAGUCCACAUUCAAUGGAUAUGAUCUCGAAGGCAUUUCCUCCCUCCACUGCCACUUUCAAUUCGACAUGGAACACAAUAAUGUCUCGGUAUCUUCAGUUUCUGAAGGAUACAGGAUCUUCAUUCAUGCUGAAUGCCCAACCAUACUAUGGCUACGUCGGAGGGCAAGGCAUAUUCCCCUUAGAGUAUGCACUGUUCCGCUCACUCAAUCCCAACAGUCAAAUUUCAGAUCCCAACACCAAUCUGUUCUAUACCAAUAUGUUUGAUGCAAUAAUUGAUGCUACUUACAACUCAAUCCAAGCAAUGAAUUUCACAGGGAUCCCUGUUCUGGUCACAGCUUCUGGCUGGCCAUGGCGUGGUGGGCCAAAUGAGAAGGCUGCUACUGUUGAUAAUGCUUUGGCCUACAAUACAAACCUCAUACGUCAUGUACUGAAUAAUUCUGGUACACCCAGCCAACCAAUGAAUCAGUCAAGCACCUACAUCUUUGAGCUAUUCAACGAGGAUCUUCGCUCAGGACCUGAAUCGGAGAAAAGUUGGGGGAUUAUGUUUCCUAACGCAACCACUGUGUACUCUCUAUCAUUUGAGGAUGUGGCCACAACUAUCCCAGAAUCACCGGCCCUGCGUGGAAUGUUUUGUGUGGCAAAUUCUAGUGCACCCCAUAGUGCACUUAAGCAUAGUUUGGAUUGGGCAUGUGGCCCUGGCUCUGCAAACUGCAGUGCAAUUCAGCCUGGGCAACCAUGCUAUGAAUCAGAUAACAUUGUAGCUGUUGCAUCAUAUGCUUUCAAUGAUUAUUAUCAUAGAACACAAGCUAGUGGUGGCACGUGCAGCUUUAAUGGCACUGCAAUGAUAACAUCUACUGAUCCAAGCCAUGGCUCAUGCAUUUUCGCUGGAAGCACUGGCGCCAACGGCGAUGGUGGUACAGCCUCCGGGCCCGUAAGCCCUGACAGUUUUGCUUCGAGAUCCCAAUCCUGCUGGUUGACUCACCUAGCAGCUGCAUUGUUGCUCAUUCUAGUGGUGUAAAACAUUGUAACCAUGUCGCAUUUUGGAUGAGAUACCCGCCAUUUAUCGUGGAUCUUGUCAUUAGAUACUGUAGGGGCAUAUUUGUUAGACGCCAUGUAAUCUUAUCCCCAAAUUUGUUCUACGAAUCAACAUUGCGAGCUGUGACAAGCAGCUUAUCUGGAACGCUGGAAGUUCCAAAUGAUCUGCACCCCCUGCAUAUUGUUCAAGUGGCAUGCUGCUGUUUUUUCCCC